AUGUAUUUUGAAAUUUAUCCUCGAUGUUCGGAGUCUGAGUUCACAUGUGACAACAGACAAUGCAUCGACAUCUUCAAGAGAUGUGACUUUAUUCCACACUGCUACGACUCUUCUGAUGAAGCUGAUUGUGUUCUUGAGCUAUUAUCGUCAGCGUUCCAGUGUUUUGAUGGGUCUCUGUUUCCAAACAAAGUUAGAUGUGAUGGCAUGGUUGACUGUAUCGGCAAGACUAAAGAGGACGAAGACCAGUGUGAUUACAUGAAUCCAAAUUUUGUCUGUAACUCGGACACUGAACUGAAGUGUGAUAACGGCGCAUGCGCACCACUGGAUACCAUCUGCAUGUACGAACUCAAUGAAUUUGGAUUAAUCAAUGGCUGCCGUGACGUCACAAAUCUCAAAGAGUGUGAGACUCACAAAUGUCCAUCUUGGACAAUGAAGUGUCCAGACUCUUACUGUAUUCCUCUACGAUAUCGAUGCGAUGGAAAGAUGGACUGCCCUACAGGAGAAGAUGAACAAGAGUGUGAUACAUUUGAUUGCCCAGCUGGGUCAUACCGCUGUCAUGGCAACAAGAUCUGCAUCAGUCCUGAGCAUGUCUGUGAUGACGUAAUACACUGUCCUGAUCAAGAUGACGAGAUGUUUUGUGGUAGGUCCCUUGGUUGUGAGAGCGAAAUGCCAUGUGGUUCCAGAGAUAUCGUGAAUGCCUUGGAAAGAGAUGCGAAUGAGAAUGGCACAAUCGUACCAUCUAUGCUACCUUACCUCGUUGAAGUGUAUGCUGACAAAUACCUUCUUUGCUGCCUGGCGGGUUUAGGGGAUUCCCCUAACUGCAAUGCACCACGUGACCAGUUCUCGUCGUGUGAAGAUCUCAUGGCCAAUAACAUCCUUCGAAUCUUUAUCUGGAUUCUCGGGACCAGUGCUUUCAUUGGCAACGUCCUUGUUGUUGGCUAUAGACUCGUCAAUUCUGGAUGGGGCCGACAUACGACCGUCCAAUCAAGUCUGAUCACCAACCUAGCCGUCUCUGAUUUCUUGAUGGGUUUGUACAUGAUUUCAAUAGCGUCAGCUGAUGUCUAUUAUCAAGGGAACUAUGCUGCUCAUGCUGAUGAUUGGAAGGAUAGUAUCCUGUGCAAGGUUGCAGGUAUCACGUCCGUUGUCUCCAGCGAGGCUUCAGUGUUUCUGAUCACGAUCAUAAGCAUUGAUAGGUGUGUCCAUGUGGUGGCGCCAUUUAAACCGCACCUACAUCUCUCUGUCCGUGGUGCCCGAGUAGUUGAGCUCAUCAUCUGGGCCCUCGCCGCCUUCCUUGGCAUUCUACCAACUCUUAUCCCGGCUUUCGUCGAAGGGAAGUUCUACGGUCAAUCAGGAGUCUGUCUGGCUUUACCUCUAACAGUCGAUCGUCCUGCAGGAUGGCACUACUCCAUCUCAUUGUUCAUUGGUGUCAACUUCGUGGCGUUCCUGGUGACCCUCCUAUGUUACAUCUCCAUCUACUGCAUGUUUCAAAUGUCGAAGCAGCAGAUCGUCGGCAAAAGGAACAAGUCUAAGGAGGAUAUGCGAUUGGCUGAAAACAUCAAGCUGGCAUCUAGGAUGGCGCUUGUUGUUGGUACAGACCUUGUUUGUUGGUUACCAAUCAUCGUAAUGGGCUUGAUGUCAGCGAGUGGAACUCUGACAAUUUCUGCACAGGUAUACGCAUGGACAGCAGUCUUUGUGCUACCCGUCAACUCGUCUCUUAAUCCAUAUCUUUACACUCUUGCAUCGAUUCGUCAAAGGAAGCAGAAAUCAGCUGAGAAUCGAAGUAUGAAGUACGAGGAAAAGACUAUGGAAGCCAGUAUUUUUGACGACACUUCAAUUAUCUCAGCUUUCACGUCUCUGCCUAGCCCCUCACCCGAGCGACUGAUCGAAUGGAUGAAACGUAACCAACGAUCUCUUGGACGUUUAGAAAUCGAUGUAAUUCAACGCGACGUCACAAAGGCUGUGGAAAGAAUGAAGGAGUCCGGGCUAUGGAAUGACGUCAUACUCAACUUGCAUCAAAUUGCCGUCCAAGCAGAUGGUGCAGGAAGAAUCAUACACGCUUUUGUAGUGUUAGACUCAUCUCUGACAUUCCUUGAAUCACGUGAUGAAGAUCUGACGACCAUUCUGGAAAAUGAUGAAAACAUUGACAUCAUACUCAAUAUGAUUGCGAGGGCUAAUAUGCCAAAGUAAAGAAAAGGAGAGAUAUCGGAAAUUCUAAGAUUGGAAUGAAUCAUGAAAUAACGAGGUUUACAUGAAGCUGCAUAGAGUAUUCCAGAAAAGGGAGAACAUUUAAUGAACAAUGUAAAAAUAUUGAAUUUAAGUUCGCAUUUGUUGCACCUUUAAAUCUAUCAUGAUAGGUUACCGAAAUUACCAUUGCCUUAGGCGUAAUCAAAUUUGUAAAAAGUUAUAUCAAACUCUUUUGUUAGGGGUAUAUACUUACUUGUGUAUCAUACUGUAUGUCUAAUUGUAAAUAUAGAGGAAGUGAUAUUUUUAGAGAAUACAUUCUAUUUACCAUGAUGUUAUGUUUAAAGUCUAAGUCACACUAGUGUACGACCGGUUACUGACUUCCGACAAGCAAAACAAAGCUGCGACCGUCGACAACCAAUUGAAAAUAAUGUAUAGAGGGCGACCAGUUGCCGAUCAGUUGCGGAAUGUUGUACGAAAUUGAACAAUCAUAAAAGAUUUUUGUAAACUAAUUUGCGGCCGCUCAUGGAAAUAUUGGGGAAUGGUUGGCAGUUGGUCAGUCAUUUAACGGCGAUAUCAAAUAACUCGUCGGAGAACAAUGGCCGAUGUUCUUACGACGGUCGGCAAGCUUAACCUUGGGGCGGAAUUAUAUUGAUGCAAGCAAACACAUAAUACACUUCUUGCUUAUUGUAUUUGUUUAGAUGAGGUGAGAUUUUAUUUUAUAUUUAUUCAAUUUUUCUUCAAAAGACGAAUCAGUAUGUUGCAUUGAAGCCUAUAAUUAUGAUUUGAUCAGAAAAAAGUCAUACAAAACAGAAAAGGGGAUAGAGGAAAAAAGG